CCUAAACGCUCAUGUUUGCAAUUUUGCGCACCUGUUGACUGCUUUGAACGGCUACCGGCGAUUUCACACCAGGUCCAGGCUUCGGAGAGAAGAUUCAUGUCUUGGUUCCUGGUGUUUCGCAUAUAUAAAUUGUUUCAUUAUUUGACCACGGUUUAA